AUGUCACAAACGGCUUCUUUUGCGCUCGUCACUGGCUGUAGCAGUGGGAUCGGAAAAGAGCUCGCGAUCGCAUUUGCGGACAGGGGAGUUACGGUUCUCGCCACAGCACGACGCGCCAAAUCACUCAGCGAACUAACAAACAAGUACGACAACAUCGAAGCUUUUGCCCUUGAACUCGGCAACCUGGAAAGUAUCAAUCAGCUAAAGGAUGCUGUAGCUAAGCGCACCUGUGGCCGCUUGGAUUUUCUAAUCAACAAUGCUGGGACACACUACGCAUCAACAGCAGUGGAUAUGCAGAUAGAAGAGGUCAUCAAGCUGUUUGAAGUGAACCUGUUCGCUAUCAUGCGCCUUUGCCAGGUCUUCGUGCCGCUUCUUCGUCGCUCCUCUCGCGGGCGAAUUGUGCAUAUUGGAAGCGUGACGCGAGACAUACCGGUCGUAUGGCAAGGGCCGUAUAAUGCAUCUAAAGCUGCUCUUAGCCAGUAUUCCAAGACGCUUCGACUAGAGGUGAAGCCGUUCGGUAUAGAGGUGAUCGAGAUUGUGACCGGGUUCGUGCAGAGCAACAUUCUUCACCAUGGACUACACGCCCCGGAGACAUCUCUCUACCUUCCAAUCAAGAGUACUGUUGAGAAGAUCAAGUACCAAGGCAAUAAAAAUGGCAUGUCGCCCGAAGCUUAUGCUAAAUCUGUGGUCGCAAAGUUGACGCGGCCACAGGUCAGCCCUGAGAUACGGGAAGGAGCUCGAGCGCGCACUCUCGGCUUGCUUGCUACACUCCUACCACUACGGCUACUGAACUGGACCUUCUACCGAAAGUUCAAACUCGACCUUGUAAAAGCUCGAUUGGACGAUGAACAGCAGAAUAAUGCCGGAUGA